AUGGAAAGCAAAAAUAUUUUACAUAAAAUAAUUAUUUCAAAAUUCAAUCAAUUCUUCUGGAAAGAGAAUGGAGAACUACCAGCUGAAAAUGAGAAAUUUGGGAAUAAAAACAGAUCCACUUCAACCCAGUCAUUUAAAUUCAUUAUUGAUGAAAAAGACAAGUAUAAAGAUAAAACUCCUUUCUUGAUAUUGCUAAUAGCAACUACAGCUGCUGAAAUUCAGCACAGACAUUCCUUCAGAAAAACAUGGGGAGAUGAAUCUGUGGUUCCAGGAGUUGAGGUUGUUUGAUUGUUUAUGCUGGGCAUUGAGAACAAGAGUCCAAAUGAGGUCCUACUGAGAGAAAGCGAGCAAUAUCACGAUACCAUUCAACAGGACUUCCUAGACACUUACCAGAACUUAUUCAAAACUUUGAUGGGCAUGAAGUGGGUUGCCUCUUACUGCAGUGGUGCAAGCUUUGUUAUGAAGACAGACAGCGAUGUUUUUGUUAAUACAGUAUACCUAAUAGUAAAGUUUCUCAGGCCUCUUUCACCUCCUCCACAAAGUUAUUUCACAGGCUGCCUUAUGAAAGGGCAUAAGCCUAUUCGGAAUGAAAAAAGUAAACGGUACAUAUCAGAAGGAGACUACCCAAGUGACAAAUAUCCUCCUUUUUGUUCAGGAACUGGCUACGUAUUUUCUGGAGACCUGGCUUUGAAAAUUGUCAAUGCUUCCAUAACAAUAAAAUAUAUACAUUUGGAAGAUGUUUAUGUAGGGCUCUGUCUUAAGGCAAUGGGAAUACAGAUAGUACCUCCACUCGGUCAUUCAUUGUUUAACAUAUACAAGGUCCCGUUUUCUCCUUGUAAGUACAAUAGUAUAAUUACAUUCAGGCAAAUGAGCACAUAUUCUAUUGGGAAACACUGCAAAAGAAGAGCCACGCAUGUCAGAAGGAAUAGAAAGGCCCGUAGGAGAGAGUCAUUUCUUUCUUUGACAAUGGACAAAAUAGCAGAUGUUUUCUUAGAAACAGAGCAUCUAUGUAGUGAUAACUUUCAGAGUUCAGAGACAUCCCAAAUCAGGGGUAUAGUUUUUGUAUUAGGUUGCAUUCAAAGGCUUUUUCUUUCAUAA